GUAGUGCAGUGCGCGGAGGAGUCUCUGCAGUGACACCUGUCCGUGCAACACCUGGCAGACAGGACGGAGGUUGUGCGCAUGCUCUGUCGUCAGGUUUAAAUCUAUUAAAGCACUUGGACCCGCAGCUCCCCACCAGUGGAGAUCGGGUCUUUGCAGAGUUCAGAGCGAGCAGCAGCUGGAUUAUUCUCACUGAUUUGUCUGCUCUCGGAUCAGAGAUGCCUCGCUCCUUCAUGGUGAAGAGUAAGAAGGCGCACAGUUACCACCAGCCCCGGAGUUUGGAGGAUGACUACAGCAGGCUGGAUACUAUACUGACUCACAUAUGCUCAGAUGCUGACUGCGCUCCUCCCUGUGACCUCUCGGAAGCAGAUAAGCUUCAAGAUGAUACCGACAUGUCGGUGGACAGGUACGGCCUCUCCCCGGACUUCCGCCUGGCCGACGCUGCUGAUUUCUCCCCGAAGUCCCCGCUGAGCUGCCCCGACAGUCUGUGCGCUCGCUCUCCGGACUAUGAGGAUUUCUGGAGGCCUCCGUCCCCCUCUGCAUCCCCGGUUGAUUCUGAGAAAUCCCUGUCUCCUCUGGUGGAUGAGACCCAGCCCUUCACUAUUCCCUACCGGCCGUAUGCGUGGAGCAGCUACCCGGAACCGGGGCUGAGGCCAAUGGUGCAGGAGAGCCUCCAUCCCGGCAUGGAGGUGGACAGGGGCCCGGCGGCGUUGGCCUUCUACGGUGACAGGAGCACCCACUCAGCCCUGUACGCAGACCGGACUCUGGAUGAGGAGACUUACGGUGACUACAGGAGGCACGCUGCCGCUUUGCUGUUCCCAGAGGGAGGCCUGCAUAGAAAAACCCACAAUGUGAAGGCCCAGUCUGACCUGCUCUGCUCCAGUCUGAUCCUCAAUGGUGCUUACAAGUGUAUCAAGUGCAGUAAGGUGUUUUCCACUCCGCACGGUUUAGAAGUCCAUGUCCGCAGAUCGCACAGUGGCACCAGGCCAUUUGCGUGUGAAAUAUGCGGCAAAACUUUCGGACACGCAGUCAGCCUGGAACAACACAAAGCCGUGCACUCUCAGGAAAGAAGUUUCGACUGCAAAAUAUGCGGUAAAAGUUUUAAGAGGUCGUCUACUCUGUCGACGCACCUGCUUAUCCACUCCGACACUCGGCCAUACCCCUGCCAGUACUGCGGGAAGAGGUUCCACCAGAAGUCAGACAUGAAGAAACACACUUUCAUCCACACAGGUGAGAAACCACACAAAUGCCAGGUUUGUGGGAAAGCGUUCAGCCAGAGCUCCAACCUUAUCACACACAGCAGGAAACACACCGGGUACAAACCUUUCGGCUGCGACCUCUGCGGCAAAGGUUUCCAGAGAAAAGUGGAUCUGAGGAGACACAAAGAGACGCAGCACGGACUGAAAUGAAGCGAUCACUGCACACAUCGUGUCAUGUCAUCUGAGUCUUUAAAUCAUUAUUCUUGAAACGAGUGAGGACAUCUAACAAAGACAUUUUUAGACAUUUUCGCCCACCUUGAGGACAUUUCUUGGAUCAAGAUUCACUUUGAUCCACCUUUAGCUUUGUAAAAACUUGCAAAAGUGCAUUCGAAAUAUCUAAUUAUCUCAGCCGAUAGGCACAUUGUUUAUUUAUUUUAAUAAAGAAAAUGUAUAUGUCUCAUAAAUAAAACUUACAUAAACGGUGUCUUCUUCUGACGGACAUUUUGCAGUGCGAAGACAUCAACACUAAUUAUUCAACGGAUUGUUAUAAAGGUCCAAAAAACAGAGAUAAGCUGUGAACUGUGAGCAUGUUAAAACAAAUGUAUCAUGUUUGUAUGUCGACUGAUAUGAAUCAGCUUCAGUGGGCCCAAAAUAUUUGUUCUCACACUUAAAUAACCGGAUCAACAUGCAUAACAGAGAUGAAAAUCUGCACUUCUCCGAGGCAUUUUGUUUUCAAUGUGGUGACAUGCUGGCAAAACAGCCUCCUCAGACUGUGUGAUUUAAUAAACAGGGGGGGGGGGUUACUGCCUUACUCAC